UGAUAAAUCGCGUCCAUGUGCUUCUUUGAAGUCCAAGCUCAGGGAGCCACUGAAACUCCCAACCAGUCCAAUAACAGCAACAACUACAUCAACAGCAUAGCCAAGAAGGGGGAAAGAAAAAUCAUCAAAGAGGGUGCUUUCAACAUUUCUCAUAGAAUGAGUCAUUCUCAUGGGGCUUCUUCUUUUGAAAAUAUCAAUCGACAAGGACCCUCUUCCGUUCAAUCUGUUACUGCAGAUACUAGUUCUCAGGUGGCUUUGGAGAUUAAUUCGAAGACAAGCGUGCAUGCCGCACAAGAAAAUCAAAAUCAGACUUACGAAAAAGGGGGAGAAGAAAAACCAUCAAAGAGGGUGCUUUCAAGUUUCAACAUGCUACCUCAUAGAAGACCGAACGCAAAUGUUUCACUUGAAAGGAGCAAGUCAUGUCCAGGAUUGAUUUAUGGGUACUUUUCUGAUGAAGAAGAUAUUGAUAAAAAUGGACCCUCUUCCGUUCGAUCAUUUCCUCUUACAAGACAUUCUCACCACUUGGUUUUGGACGUUGGCUCAGAUGCGGCUACAGCUGGACUGCGACCAUUUAGAUUUGAAAUACCCAAAAGUUACUCUGCUUCUUCGACAUUACAAGAAGUGAAUCAAAGUCAGGCUUAUAAUAUGAAAGGAGCAAGACGUUUCCACAAAAUGAGUCAUCCUCGAAAUGCUUCUGUCGAAGAGGAAAUCGAUAAUCGACAAGCAUGUACAGAUCAAUGUUUGGUUCGAUCAGCUUCUAUACCACCAUAUUCUCCAUACCUCCCUCGUGGAGAUGGUACUAAUCAUGCGGCUUUGGACGUUGCUUCACAAGAACGACUGUCACCAAUAGAAGAAAAUCCAAAUCAUAUUCAGAGGCAGAGGGACUGCCUUACCCUCUAUCGAGCUGCCUUAAAAGGUAAUUGGCGAGAAGCUGAGGAUAUAAUUCGUGGAUAUCCAGAUGGCAUUAUUCUGGAUUCCAUUACAGAAAUGGAUGAUACCGUUCUUCACAUUGCAUCUGCGACAAAACACGCCACUUUUGUAAAAGAAGUGGUGGGAUUAUUGACUAAGAAAGAAGAGUUGGAACAGAAAAACAAAUGCGGAGAUACAGCCUUUUGCAUUGCUGCGGAAUCAGGGAUUGUGACAAUUGCUGAGGAGAUGUGGAAGAAAAACGAGGAUCUAGUAUUGAUCCGCAAUAAAAAAGAAAGGACACCACUUCAAGCAGCAGCUUUGUUUGGACAUAGAGACAUGGUCGCGUAUCUAUUACCUAAGACCAGUUUUCAAAAUUUGACUACUAAGGAAAAGAUGGACAUCCUUGUUGCUACUAUUACCCAUGAUAUGUAUGAUAUAACAUUCGAAAUUCUUGUAAAGGAGUCAGCAUUAGCAACUGCAAACAAUCGAGCCUUAGCAUUGCGAGAAUUGGCCAGAAAACCUUCUGCAAUUGGCAGCAGAAGUCAGCCAUCACUCUGGAAAAGCUGCUUAAACUACUGUAUAACAUUCAAAAUUCUUGAAAAAGAGGCAACAUUAGCGACUGCAAAAAAGCGAGCAUUAGUAUUGCGGGAAUUGGCCAGAAAAGCUUCUGGAAUUGGUAGCGAAAGUCAUCCAUCAGUCUGGAAAAGAUGCUUAAACUCCUGGUUGAAACGAAUCUUCAACAAAGCUUUGAUGGAGACAUUAGCCCAUCAAUUGGUUAUAGAACUAUCAGAAGAGGUUCAACUAUUCAAAGACAAAAAGCUCGAUGUUUUGUCUGUACUUACUACUGCUGCAAAAGUUGGGAAUGCUGAAUUUCUAAUUAUACUUAUUCGCACUUAUCCUGAUAUCAUGUGGAUAACAGACAGUAGAAAUCGCAGCUUGUUUCACAUUGCUGUUAUAAAUCGACAAGAGAGUGUCUUUAAUCUAAUACAUGAGGUAGUCACUUUCAAGGAAAUAAUUCUGACCAAAUAUGAUAAGCCAGAAAACGAGAACAUCCUUCACUUAGCUGGAUAUUUGGCUCCUCCAAGUCGGCUAAAUAUUGUAUCAGGAGCAGCCCUUCAAAUGCAACGGGAGUUGUUGUGGUUUAAGGGGCUAGAAAUGAUUGUGCUGCCUUCAUUCCAGAAGAUAAGGAACUCUGAUAACCUAACACCGUGGGAUUUAUUUACAAAGGAACAUGAAAAUCUACGGAGUGAUGGUGAAAAGUGGAUGAAGGAUACAGCUAACUAUUGCAUGCUUGUGGCAACACUGAUUACCACUGUGGUUUUUGCUGCAGCUUUCACUGUACCGGGUGGUAGCAAUCAAGAGACAGGCACUCCUAUUCUUUUGAAAAGUAUUUGGUUUAGGGUGUUUUUCAUAUUUGAUGCAAUAGCACUGUUAUCGUCUUCGACUUCAAUAUUGGUGUUCUUGUCAAUUCUCACAUCACGUUUCACGCAAAUGGAUUUCCUCGUGUCAUUACCAUCAAAGUUGGUGUGGGGACUCACCGCCCUCUUCAUCUCUAUAGUAGGCAUGGUGGUAGCCUUCAGUGCAACCUGCUUUUUGGUCUUUAAAAGUGAAAUGCCGUGGCUUCCUACUGGUAUAAUUGCUUCGGCUUUUGUCCCAAUUAUUGUGUUCGUUUUGCUACAUUAUCAACUUUGGGCUGAUAUCAUGCGCUCUACAUACUGGUCUGGGUUUCUUUUUAAGCCGAGUAAACAUAGAAUCUUCUAAUGGACAAUGAUGCCAAUUGGGAACUGUUUGUGGUUGUCUACGUAAUUCAAAGUGUCGACUUUUUACUGUUUCAAGAGCACCACAAUUCGUUACAUGACUAUAAAUUUGUGUCUUGGGAUUGUAUUCUAAUAAUCUUGAUUGGACUACAUCCGUCUUUUUUAUUAUUAUUAUUAUUCAUCUUGAUUAAAUUUCAUUUGUAUUUUUCCCCCUAAGCAUUUCGGUUGUAGUAAGUGAAAUUAAAGGUUUUAAGGAAUAAGGAUUGUGUGAAUGUUUUUCAUCAACAAAUGUGGGACCAAAUCAGAAUUUAUCUGAAACCUUUCUUCGAAGAACCUUCAUUGUGUGGGUCCUUCAUGUGUUUAAAGAUGUUGGUUCUC